AUGCCGUCCCUCGAAUUCAUGAAAGCGGUGUGGACCCAACACUAUCCGCCCGCCCCAACCUUCACAGAGAAGAACAUCACUGAACAGAAAGGCAAAGUUUUCCUCAUCACAGGCGCAAACCAAGGUCUCGGAUACGAACUGGCGAAGAUGCUCUACCCAACAGGCGCAACAAUAUACAUGGCGAGCCGUUCUGAGGAGCGCACACUCCAAGCCAUCCACAAGAUCCAGGAAGCCUACCCAGACGUCGCGACACCAGGGACCCUUAAAUAUCUGCACGUAGACAUGGCAGACCUACCGAGCGUGAAGCACGCCGCAAUCGAAUUCGCCGCCCAGGAAGAGAAACUAGACGUUCUAUGGAACAAUGCUGGAAUCGGCGGCGCACCACUUGGAACGACGACAGCACAAGGCCUCGAAGGCCAUAUCGGAACGAACUGCGUCGCGCCGUUUUUAUUCACGCAGCUGCUCCUCCCGCUGCUGCGGAAAGCGGCGACGUCCGCGCCUAAGGGAAGCGUGCGCGUUGUCUGGACCGGCUCGCUGAUGAUAGACACCUUCUCUCCACCCGGUGGCAUCGAUUUCAAAGCCAUCGAAGCAGGCAAGACAACGAAUUCAAGUCCCGAUUACGCCACCAGCAAAGUCGGUAAUUGGUUUCUCAGCCACGAAGCUGCGAAGGCGUGGGGGCCGUAUGGUAUCUACUCUGUGGUACAGAAUCCGGGUAAUCUGAAUACGGAGGCGUAUCGGUAUGUGCCGGGGGUGAUGCGACGGAUAUUGAAAUUUUUGUUCUUGUAUGACACGUAUUAUGGAGCUUACACCAUGGCAUAUGCGGGCUUGAGUGAAGAGGUUGCGAAUGGGGAGUUCAUCUGGCCGUGGGGAAGGAAGGCGAAGAGUCCGAGAGCGGAUAUCUAUGAGGCAAUUGAAAAGGGUGCAGCAGAGCGGUUUUGGAAGUGGUGUGAAGAACAGGCGAAGGUAUGCCUGCACUAA